UGUCUUGAGACUGUUAACCGGAAAUAAAAUCCUUUCGGUACUCCUCCAUCAAUUUCAUUGAGAGAAGUGACAUGACAUGAGUUGAUUUUAAAGUUAGAGAUGAGGAAAAGACCCGAUUUGCGACCCCUUUCCCGGUUUAUGAAAAACAUUCCACUAUGGGAGAGGCCAGCCCCUAAGUACCCAAUCUACCGUCCAGGAAACCCACAAACUCGUCUGUUUCUACCACAGUUUUGGAUGAAAAUCUUGAGAGAUGAAAGGAAUAGAGCACUUCCCAAUUCUGUUCACUUUGAAGUUCAUAGAGAAAUGGGUCAACAUGAUAUCAGACAGUACUUAGAGAAGAUUUAUAAAGUAAAAGUGCUGAAAAUAAGGACCUACACCAUAGAGGGAAAGGAGGCCAAAGAACGCAGCGUCAACGAAGCAUGGCUGAGGUCGACAUUUAUAACCACAGAUUUUGACAGAAAAUUUGCUUAUGUUACUUUGGAAGAUGUUGUGUUCGAGUUCCCAGACAUUACAGAGGGAUACAGAAAAAUACAGAAGAGAGAGAGGGAGGAAAGUGAGAAGAGCGAACUCACGGAGCCUGCAAAACCUGACACAUUGGGUGUGCCCAGCUUCUUUGUACAAUAGAACUAUCGCCUGUGUGUCUGUAUGAACUGGUUGUUUAUUUCCAUGUUAAUAUAUAUACAGUAAUAUGCAGUUACAGCGAACAGAAUUAUUCGUCCCCAGCAUUUCGCUAUAAGCAUGUUUUACUGUAUAUGUAUACACUAGGUUUUACUGUAUAUGUAUACACUAGGUUGCCGUGUUCUUGUGUUCUUCAGGAGAUGACAAAUGUGUGACAACAGAAUUCUUAGAUGUAAAUUUCAAUUUGAAAUUCACAGAUAUUAUGUCGUAUCAGAUGGAACUAUUUUUGUUUCGAACGUUUUUGAAAGGACAUUUUACUAUCAUGCUUAGAAUACUUCCUAGAAGUGAUAUGAAUUAAUUAAAGGACAAGACAUUCAU